AUGCAGCGACUCUUCAAAUUUACUCGUUUUUCAUCACUGAACUUUUUGAUUUUAAAGCGGUCGAUGUCGUUUCGAGGACGGAAGGAAAGCGCAGGUCAGCCACCCGGAUCUGAAGAGCACUCACAACAAAAUUUGCGAGCAAUCGGGGAAAUCUUGAAUCGAAAGACGUCGGUGGCGGCAAUUAUGAGCAAAACGGUCGAGGGGCUCAAUCAUGCCUACGAAUUGAGGACCUCCGACCCCGAAGAUCUCAUUUUUGAUCUCUUCCAGGUAAACCAAAAAGGGGGGCCCGAUGGCCUUGAGGAACGCGCCUCUAUCAGCAAACUUAUCAAGGUUCUCCGCUCAUUUGGCCUACGCGAAACCGAUCCUCGAUUGCGCACAAUGAUGGAGAGAAUUCGGCAUUAUGAAGAGGAGGAAGACGACGAGCACGAUACAAGAAGUCACCUCUACACUCGACAGAAGUUUAAAGAAUGCAUUCAUCCGUCGGUUCAACUUAUUUCGCAAGCCCUUCGCAACCAUCUGAUCAUCCCGUCGUGGGGCGAAUUUUGUUCAAAAAUCAAGGAAGUAUUCGAAGAGUGUAAAGGAAUUACAACCGGUGAAGUGGCUUCCUACAUCCCUCAGCUGGCAAGGACGGACCCAAAUCUCUGGGGGAUGAGCAUUUGUACAAUCGAUGGACAAAGGUUUUCCCUUGGAGACGCGUCAACUCCUUUUUGCUUCCAAAGCGUCUCGAAGGCGUUCAACUAUGCGAUCGUCGGCUCAGAUAUGGGGGCCGACUUUGUUCAUUCUUACGUCGGAUACGAGCCAAGUGGACGCCUGUUUAACGAAAUUUGUCUCGAUGGAAAUGGAAAACCUCACAAUCCAAUGAUCAAUGCUGGGGCCAUCAUUGUUACGUCGCUCAUUAAAAAUGGACUCACGAUGGCUGAUCGGUUCGAUUUUGUUCUCAACGAGUAUCGCAAACUUGCGGGCGGUGAAUUUGUCGGUUUUAACAAUGCGACCUUCCUUUCCGAACGAGACACGGCGGAUCGAAACUACGCUCUCUCUUAUUAUAUGAAGGAAAAUCGGUGCUUUCCCUCCUGGAACACAAGGGCUCCG